AAUUGUGUGUGAUUUGCGGGUCGGUCAGGGAGAGAGAGGAAGCGGGGGGUGCAGCCCAGUCUCUCCUCCUCCCCUUGUAUAAAUUCUCCAACCAAACCGUUUUUCUUCCUCUUUCUGUUACCUGGCAAAGGGGAGCAGCAGCUUCUGAGGAGUGAUCUUUCGAUCUUGAAACCGAUCAAUCAUGGGAAAGGAAAAGACCCACAUCAACAUCGUGGUUAUUGGCCACGUCGACUCCGGAAAGUCCACCACCACCGGCCAUUUGAUCUACAAAUGCGGUGGAAUCGACAAGAGAACCAUCGAGAAGUUCGAGAAGGAAGCUGCCGAGAUGGGCAAGGGCUCCUUCAAGUAUGCCUGGGUGUUGGACAAACUGAAGGCUGAGCGUGAACGUGGUAUCACUAUCGACAUUGCUCUCUGGAAAUUUGAGACCAGCAAAUACUACGUCACCAUCAUUGAUGCCCCUGGGCACAGAGACUUCAUCAAGAACAUGAUCACUGGUACUUCUCAGGCUGACUGUGCCGUGCUGAUUGUUGCCGGUGGUGUUGGUGAGUUUGAGGCUGGUAUCUCGAAGAACGGACAGACCCGCGAGCAUGCCCUCCUGGCUUUCACCCUGGGAGUCAAACAGCUUAUUGUUGGAGUCAACAAGAUGGACUCCACCGAGCCCCCUUACAGCCAGGCUCGUUUUGAGGAAAUCACCAAGGAAGUCAGUGCUUACAUCAAGAAGAUCGGCUACAACCCUGCCAGUGUUGCCUUCGUCCCAAUUUCUGGAUGGCAUGGGGACAACAUGCUGGAGGCCAGCUCAAAUAUGGGCUGGUUCAAGGGAUGGAAGAUUGAGCGCAAGGAGGGUAAUGCAAGUGGUGUCACUCUUCUUGAUGCCCUGGAUGCCAUUUUGCCCCCUAGCCGUCCCACUGACAAGCCCCUCCGUCUGCCACUUCAGGAUGUCUACAAAAUUGGAGGUAUUGGAACUGUGCCCGUGGGCCGUGUGGAGACUGGCGUCCUCAAGCCUGGUAUGGUUGUGACCUUUGCCCCUGCCAACUUGACCACUGAGGUGAAGUCUGUUGAGAUGCACCAUGAAUCUCUUGCUGAGGCCACUCCUGGUGACAACGUUGGCUUCAACGUUAAGAACGUGUCUGUCAAGGACAUCCGCCGUGGUAACGUGGCUGGAGACAGCAAGAACGACCCCCCUAUGGAGGCCGGCAGCUUCAACGCUCAGGUCAUCAUCCUGAACCACCCUGGUCAGAUCUCUCAGGGCUAUGCCCCAGUGCUGGACUGCCACACUGCUCACAUCGCCUGCAAGUUUGCUGAGCUGAAGGAGAAGAUUGAUCGUCGUUCUGGCAAGAAGCUUGAGGACAACCCCAAGGCUCUCAAAUCUGGAGAUGCUGCCAUUGUUGAAAUGAUCCCUGGCAAGCCCAUGUGUGUGGAGAGCUUCUCUACCUACCCCCCUCUUGGUCGCUUUGCUGUUCGUGACAUGAGGCAGACCGUAGCUGUUGGUGUCAUCAAGAGCGUUGAGAAGAAAGUUGGUGGUUCUGGCAAGGUCACGAAGUCCGCACAGAAGGCUGCCAAGACCAAGUGAAAUUCCCUUCAUCACACUGUUCCAAAGGUUGUGGUACGUUCUUCCCAACCUCGUGGAAUUUCUCUAAACCUGGGCACUCUACUUAAGGACUGGCUAAUGCUGAUUAAAACCCAUCGAAAAAAUUUUCGCAGGAAAGGAAACCAACUUGGAUUUAAGUGUGGCUCCACUUAUUGACUGAUAGUGCCUCUUUCAGUUAUUAAAUUUGUGUUAAUGGUUUAGAACUGCACCUGUUUCCACAGUAAAAUUUGGAAAGAAGCUGCUGAAUAAGAAACUAAUAAAAAGUAUUAAAAAUUGAA